GUUACGCAGGUAGGCGUACGCAGUUCCUUUACACAAGGAGGAUGAAAUCACUCCGAGACUAAACGCAUCCUUGCCGGUCACAUGACCAUGUGCCAGUCACAUGAUCAAAGGUUUAGUUCCAAGAUCACACAGAGAGGCUGCAGGGCUGGAGCUGUAGAUGUGACACAUGUCGCGGCUGCCUGUGCCUGAUAUUUGCUAGUCUGAUCCAUGCAGCGAUUUGCAUGCGGGGAGGGGGAAGGGAGAUCAGCUGGAGUGAGCCGACUGGCUGCAAGUAGCAGUGACACCCCCCUGUUUUGCUGCUUAUCGAAUGCUUUUCCCAGCAGUUAGCAGCGUGUAACAUGUUCACUAGAGUCAAAUCUGCCGUGGUCAAUUUCAUGGGAGGCAUCAUGGCUGGCAACUCUGCCUUGGAACAUGCCAACGGCUCUGAUUUGCCUGUCAGGUUUCCAUACACCAGACCUGAUUUCCUUGGUCUGUCGCACGAUGAGAUUGAGUGCUCGGCCGAUCACAUCGCUAGACCCAUCCUCAUCCUAAAGGAGACACAGAGGUUACCAUGGAGCACCGGCUAUGCGGAAGUGAUAAAUGCGGGUAAAAGCACACACAAUGAGGAUCAAGCAAGCUGUGAGGUCGUGUUUGUGAAGAAGAAAUCUGGAGUCCAGUCUACCCCUAACAAAAACUCUUCAAGCAAACGAAGGUCAUCUCAGCCAAAUGCAGAGGGCUUGCAGCUUAAAGACAACCAGGAAGUAGAUGGAAUAACGUUCCAUUACUGGGCACUGUUUGAUGGUCAUGCCGGAGCAGGAGCUGCUGUUGUCGCGUCCAAACUUCUCCAUCACCAUAUAUCUGAGCAAAUUCAUGACAUAAUAGAUAUCCUGAAAAAUUCUGCUGUUUUGCCACCUACCUGCUUGGGUGAAGAACCAGAAAGCACUUCAAGCAACAGUAGGACACUUACUAGAGCAGCUUCCCUGCGUGGGGCAGGAGGUGCUCCAGCAUCACCCAGCACACCGACAACGCGAUUCUUUACGGAGAAAAAGAUUCCACAUGAAUGUCUUGUCAUUGGCGCUCUUGAAAAUGCCUUUAAAGAGAUGGAUCUACGAAUUGAACGAGAAAGAAGCACUUAUAGUAUAUCAGGUGGUUGCACAGCACUUAUUGUGGUAUUCUUGUUGGGAAAAUUAUAUGUAACCAAUGCUGGGGACAGCAGGGCUAUAAUUAUCCGAAAUGGUGAAAUCAUACCAAUGUCUUCAGAAUUUACUCCAGAGUCAGAACGACAGCGCCUCCAAUAUUUGGCCUAUCUACAGCCCCAUCUAUUAGGAAACGAGUUUACACAUUUAGAAUUUCCAAGACGUGUACAGAGAAAAGAGGUGGGAAAAAUGAUGCUGUACAGGGACUUCAACAUGACCGGCUGGGCAUAUAAAACCAUUGAAGAAGAUGAUUUAAAAUUCCCCCUGAUAUACGGAGAGGGCAAAAAGGCUCGUGUUAUGGCUACAAUUGGUGUAACGAGAGGGCUUGGGGACCAUGACUUGAAAGUUCAUGACUCGAAUAUUUAUAUUAAACCUUUCCUAUCCUCAGUCCCGGAGGUGAGAGUCUACGAUCUAGUACAACAUGAACACAGUGCAGAUGAUGUGCUUGUUCUGGCAACUGAUGGCCUUUGGGAUGUGUUGUUUAAUGAAGAGGUAUUAGAAGCUGUUACGAGUUUCCUUGCAAACUGUGACCCUGAUGACCCUCACAGAUACACACUGGCAGCACAGGAUCUGGUAAUGCGGGCGAGAGGUGUGCUCAAAGACCGGGGCUGGAGAAUAUCAAACGACAGGCUGGGCUCAGGAGACGACAUCUCUGUUUACGUCAUCCCUUUGGAACAUGGAAACAGAGUAUUAUGAUGUGAACAUUAAGUGGCUGCAUUCACUAGGGAAAAAGCUGGUUUUAUCGUUUAUAUACUGUUAAUAUGCUGUAAAGGAGAACAUGAAGGAAAUUCAUCACUGGAAGACUGAUGUACAAAAUCCUGUAUUUUACCUUGUGGUUUGGGAACCUCAGAGCUGCUAAUGUUACACAAAUUCUACUACUUUACACUAAAUUUGCCAGUUCAAGCAACGGGUUUUCCUUUUGUUCGAAAAAUAAGUUCUUUACAUGAUGGCUUUUGCUUUAGGAAAAAAGAAACGUAGCACAUUGUAGCCUGUUGUGGUUAAUGCUAUGACAGUUGCACAGUUUGCUCCAUGUCUAGAAACCCGUAACUCCCAAUCAGAUUUGCUGACUGCUGACCGGGUAGUGUAGGUUGCUAAGCAAGGAGCAAACAUUUUACCUAUUCGUACUAUUCACAGAUGGAGCAUCUAUAAUGGGGUGUCCAUUCAGCUGCCUGUAGGCUUUGGUGCUGAUAUUAUCUCACGGCAGUGCAUCAGUGGGGACUUAAUAUAUUCUUAUAACUGCACAAAAGCUAAUGCCAAGGCUGCACAAUCUGUAUUUGUCCAUCUUUUUCUCAAAGCUUCAGCUUUUUGGGGGAGCAAAAUCCAGGUACAUUUUUAAACAUCUAAACAAUGUAUCCAGUCUAUUUAGCUUUUAUUUAUUUAGGUUUACAGUCUGAGAAGCUGUAUCAUUUUUAUAUGUGAAGACAAAUGUUAAAUAGGUGUUCUUCAUUUUCAAUGCACCUCGCUGUGCAAGCGGAACCUCUCUCUGUUUCCAUACACAUUUUGCUUGUUUGUGUGUUUAUUCAUCUAUUAAGACCAUCCCUGUCAUAUUUCCAUUUCUGCCUGCCCAAAGCAUGCAAUUUGAUGAAAUGGUUCUACGCAGAAGAGAUCAAAGUGGAGCCAGUUCAAAAGGCAUAAGAAAGCUGUUAGCAUAGCCUCUUACUCAGUAAAGGCAAAUAUUGCGUUAGCACUGACAGAAUACAUAAUCAGACUGCUUACAGCUUCACAUGAAUCGAGAAGGAAGAACAUUUGCCGUGUUCCCAGUUGAGCAAUAUUUCGAACAUUGGUUUUCAAGUUAUGUUUUGCUCCGUGACAUUGCCGAUAUUGGUUUUGAAAGUGAAUAAAUCUCACAUAGACAGGUAUUAAGGGCUCAUUUACCCGGCACAAAAGCUAUGAGUGAUGAUGGGCACCCAAAGUGCAUAGAUGAGCGAGGCAAAGAGCUAGGCCAGAAAGCU